AUGGCUGAAAAGUUGCAAGAUUUGUCCCAUUAUGGACCAUCAUUAUGUGUGAAAUUUAACAAGACAUACACUGAAUACCUCUUCGUUGCUGUUGGUCCGUUCGUCCAAAUAUAUAAAUAUGGUACUCGUGAACUAAUAAAUAGAUUACGUAUUUUCAAGGCAAACAAAGUUCAUGGUUUCAACUUCUCAAGUGAUGGGAAGAACUGUGUCCUCUUUGGAUCAAAAUCAAUUUUGUUAUGUUCCAUUGAUGAGCUAUUAAGUUCCAGUGAUGUUAGCUCAAUGGAAAAGAUGUACACAGAAUGGAUAGUUGAUUCAACAUUCAGCUAUGACAGUACUCAAUUAUACGUUCUUACAUGUUAUAAUUUAGUUCUUGUGACCGAUUUACAAGGAAACAUCAUCAUGAGGAAGAAUCUAUUGAACGAAAGAUCCAUUUUAUAUUCAGGUACCAUUAAAGUAUUGUCUGAUGAAAGAGUAGUUAUAAACGCAGGUACAGUUCUUGGGGGUAUUCUAAUUUGGGAUCUGUACAAAGAGGAAAAGAUUCACAACCUGACUGGACAUGACGGUUCUAUCUUUUAUGUUGUAGUUAGUGAUAAAGGUCAUUAUGUUGUAAGUUGUUCAGAUGAUAGAUCUAUUAGGCUGUGGGAUUUAGUAAGUGGUAAAGAACUAUCGGUUGGAUGGGGACACACUGCGAGAAUUUGGAAUUUAAAAUUUUUUAAUAACGAUACUCAAUUGAUUAGUGUCUCUGAAGAUUGUACCUGCCGUGUUUGGAAUAUCAUUAAGACAGAUGAAAAGAUCGAGUUAGUUAUGACUAAUAUUUAUGAAACCCAUCUUAUAAAGAAUGUAUGGGGUGUUGAUGUUCAAGAAGACAAGAGUAUUGCAGCUACAUCUGGUAACGAUGGCCGUAUCAAAUUAAUUGAUUUGAAACAAUCUACAAGAUUUGGUGAUAGUGAACGUUGUUUCAACAUUACAUCACUACCAAUUAAAGGUGAUUUUAACGUUCAGAAGGGAGAAAUAUUCAAGGGGUUCCACUGGUUUGACUUUGGUCUAGUUGCCAUCACAUCUUUAGGUAACGUGUUGAAAUAUUCUGAAAGUGAGAUGACUUGGGAAUUAGUAACAUCUGACGAAAGAUUAGCUUCUUAUUCUACAACAAAUGGCAUUACAGAUGCUACUCAUGAAAAUAAUGUUAUUGUCUUUUCAAAUAACAAAUGCGAUUUAUUGAUGUUGAAUUUUUCUCAGAAUGGACAAACUGUCAAUUGUGAAAGUUCGUUACAUAUCGAAUCAUUAUCAAAGACGUGUAACUCUAUGGUCAUUCCAUAUGGGUUACAAUAUUGCUUAGUAGCAGUCGAGUCACCUAAUCCUCGUGACAAAUUCGUUGUGCUACAAGUUGAUAUUUUAACAUUGAAAGUCACAAAGAGAUUUAAUUUCUCAAAACCAGAUAACUUUGUGUCGUCAUGUCUUGAAGUCUUUGAGAACCUUUUGUUAAUUGGAUCAAGAUUCAGCACCGUGGCUAUAUUUAACCUUGAAGAUGAUUCUCAGAAACCAUAUCUUAUUAGGAAAAUAACUCCCGGUGACACCACUACAUCGAUUAAAUAUAUCGAAACAGCCAAUGGACAAGCAUUAUUUUCCGUGACCAAUAGAGAUGGAUUUUACAAUUUUAUUACAGUCAAUAUUAAUUCAUUUAAACAAUUAGCCAAUGAUUACAACGAUGCGGUAUGUUUACAUAAAAUUAUUCAUUCCAAUAAAGUCAUAAAGGGGUUCCUAGAGGGGGCCUUCUAUAAUUAUAAAGGCGAGUACAUCACAUAUGGAUUCAAAUCGAGCUUGUUUUACAUGUUUAAUGAAAAAAAUGGGUACGAAAUUACCAGCCAGGUAUGUGGUGGAGCUCAUAGACAAUGGAAAUUAUGUUCUUUGAAACAAGAUACUGGCUUUAUGCUUGUAUAUAUUAAAGCUUCUGAGUUAUUCUUAAGGAAAAUAUACGCUUCAGAUAUUCCAGAGACACUAGAAAAUGGUAUCCAUGGCAGGGAAAUAAGAGACAUUAGUAUCUUACCUUCGAGAAUUACAGAUAAGUAUGAACCUCAGGAUGGAUAUUUGUUUGUCAGUGGAUCAGAGGAUACUACUGUCAAGUUAUGCAAAUAUAAUCCGAAGGAUGGUGUCGUUGUUAGUUAUUGGACCGAAAGAAAACACGUAUCGGGUUUACAACGGUUAAGUUUCAUCAAUGAUAAAUUGAUGGUAUCAUGUUCAGCAAGAGAAGAAUUAUUCUUGUGGGAAUUGAAUACAGAAUUCAAAUCUAACCCAUAUAUGACUAUACGACAAUCAUUACCUACAUUGACUACACAUCCCGAUCUAAGAAUCAUGGACUUUGAUGUAGUAUUUGAUGGGUCAAGUAGCAAUUUUAUAAUCGCUACUGUCUAUUCCGAUUCUUCGAUUAAAGUGUGGUACUACGAUUAUGAAAUUAAUCAAUAUGAAAAGAUUUGGGAAAAUAGAUAUCAAACGUGUUGUAUAUUAAAUACAUCAUUUGUUCAGCUCGGAAAACAAUUAUAUCUGUUGAUUGCUUCCACUGAUGGAUUUUUAUCUCUUUAUGAUCUUACUUCAGAAUUACUAUUUAUAAAGAACAUUAACAAUGGUAUUGAAUUGAACAGAGAAGAACUAGAAUUGGUAAAAUCCGAGAGCAAACCACAAUUAUCGUUACAUGUCCACAAAUCUGGGAUCAAGACCAUGGAUAUGAAAGUUACUAAAGAUAACAUCUUACAAGUAUUUACAGGUGGCGAUGAUAAUGCUAUUGGAAUAAGUAUCAUAGAACAAAAUAGUGACAAUAGUCGAAUUCUUACUGGCAAAGUAACAUCCUUUAUCGAGGAUGCUGCAUCCUCUACAGUGACAUCAUGUCAAUUAUUUAAUAAUGGCACCAACUUAAUUACCACUUCGGUAGAUCAGCGAGUACGUAUAUGGAAUAUUUCUUCUGAUAAUAAACUAAAUUUGAAGGAUACCAAGUAUACAACCAUUGCCGAUACAGGGUCCUGCAAUGUAGUGACAGAUAAUGACAACACGCAAUCCAUAUUACUAGGAGGUGUUGGCCUAUCUGUAUGGAAAUAUUAA